AUGGACUUGAAAUCAGUUGAGGAUCUCAAAGACGUUCUACGGCCUGACUUCUUUCAUGGUUAUGCCACUGCUGCGGCACAGAUUGAAGGCGCUUGGGACAAGGAUGGCAAGGGAGUUUCAAUCUGGGAUACUUUCGGCCAUACCCCCGGCAAAGUCUCGGACGGGAGCACGGCCGACGACGCCGUGCGAGCAUACGACUUUUACCGUGAAGAUGUGGCGCUGAUGAAGUCCUAUGGUGUAAACGCCUACCGGUUCUCUCUGUCCUGGUCGCGCAUCAUCCCGUUAGGUAGUCGUGACGAUCCCGUGAAUGAACAAGGAAUCCAAUACUACUCUGAUCUUAUCGACGAGCUGAUCCGAAAUGGGAUCACUCCCUUUGUUACUCUUUUCCACUGGGAUACUCCCCAAGCUUUGGAAGAUCGAUAUGGAGGGAUGUUGAACCAGGAAGCGUACACCCCCGAUUUCGUGCGCUACGCACGAGUCUGCUUCGAGCGAUUGGGCGAUCGUGUUAAACACUGGAUUACUUACAAUGAGCCUGGUGUUUAUACACUGGCUGGUUAUGCCGCUGGCGUACAUGCCCCGGCUCGGUCUUCAUUCCGCGAUCGCAAUGCCGAAGGUGACUCGUCAACAGAGCCUUUUACUGUCGCUCACACGGAGCUUGUCUCCCAUGGCCACGUCUCUCGGAUGUAUCGUGAAGAAUUCCAGCCACACCAAAAGGGCACAAUUGGUAUUACUCUUCAUGGCAACUGGUCUGAGCCAUGGGACGAGGAAGAUCCCUUGGAUCAAGCCGCCGCCGAGCGCGCUCGCGAGUUCGAAAUCUCUUGGUUUGCCGACCCUUUGUAUAAGACGGGCGAUUAUCCCGCAUCGAUGCGUGCGCAACUGGGUGAUCGGUUGCCACGUUUUACGGCCGAGGAAUCCAAACUUGUUCUCGGCAGCUCGGAGUUCUAUGGCAUGAACAGCUAUACGACAUUUUUCGUGAAACACAAGACCACGCCAGCUGAUAUCAAUGAUCACAAGGGCAACGUGGAAAGCCAUGAUGAGAAUAAACACGGUGUCUCGCGUGGCGAGGAAAGUGACACACCUUGGCUUCGCGCUGCGCCUGAUGGAUUCAGAAAACUGUUGAACUGGAUCUACAAGCGAUACCAGAUGCCGAUCUAUGUCACAGAAAACGGCACGACCGCUAAAGGAGAGGUAGCGCCCACACCGGAGGUUCUCAACGACACGUUCCGCAUCAAGUUCUUCGAGGGUUAUGUUGGUAAUGCAUUGGCUCGAGCUGUUAAAGAGGACGGGGUGGACAUUCGGUCUUAUUUCGCGUGGACCUUCACAGAUAACUGGGAAUGGGCUGCUGGAUAUUCAGAUCGUUUCGGGUGUACAUUUAUUGACUACGAGUCGUCGGAGAAGAAACGCUACCCUAAACAGUCCGCUUACUAUCUGGACAAGAGGCAUAGAGGCUUAGUUCAGAUCGGUGUCGAACAUGGUCAGUCAUUGAAAGACCAGAUCCGCAGUCAAAUGCGUAUCUACGAAAGCAUGUUCGAAUACACCUCGAAGCUAUCUUGGCAAGAAGUUCGAGAAGUCGCCAAAGAAUUUGUACCUACGCUUCAAAGCCUGACUCCCCAUAUAUUUGCUGAGAUGGAAGGCAUUGCGGAGGGGGCUGAGGUCGACAUACUCGAUAUUGUGGCUCUGAACUGUCGAAGCGAAAUCGCCCUGGGCAAGUUCUCCGAUGGCUGUACCACGCUUUGCUGGAAGAAGAACGACGAUGUUCGUGUACUAUCGCAGAAUUGGGACUGGACUGCAACUGUUAAGAAGAAUUUGGCCAUGGUCUCUAUUGAGCAGCUUGGAAAGCCUACCAUAUACAUGGUCACUGAGGCUGGAAUCGUCGGCAAGAUUGGUUUCAAUUCCGCUGCAGUGGGGACAUGUCUCAAUGCCAUUCGUGCUAAACCCAUGAUUAGCAGCAAGCUGCCAAUCCAUGUCGCACUUAGACUAUGCCUGGAGAGUACCUCUGUUACCGAGGCUGUUGAAACUCUUGAGAAACUUGGCGGCGUUGCCUCUGCUCAGCACAUCUUGGUCGCAGACAGCACAACAGCCCUAGGGCUCGAGCUAUCGCCCGUUGGCAACAAGUAUAUCCCAGAGGACGCGUCCGGGCUGAUUGGCCAUACCAACCAUUUCAUCGAGAAUCGAUAUGUGGAGGAGCCCCCAUGGUUGUCCGGCUCGCCCAUUCGACUCAAGCGGCUGGACGAUCUGACGACAGAACUUAUCUCUAGCGGCGUGCAUGGUGAUGCCGUUUCUCCUGCUUUGUUGCGAGAACAGAUCUUCUCGGAUACUUAUAAUGCCCCGCAGGCAAUUGCCUGUCAGGAAGACGAAUCUCGCGAUGUCUCAACGCGUAGCAGUUCGUUAUUCAACAUCAUCAUGAAUUUGGACCCACGGAAUCUAGGUGCCGAGGUAGUCUGGGGUCGCCCUGGCUCUGGGGAAGAGGGACCUGUCCUUAAAAUGCCUUGGUGA